GUGGUAGUGGUAGUGGCAACGCUGUAAAAAUAGCGCGAAGUUUUUUAGAUUUCUUGAUCCUGAUUUAUAGUGUAAAUAUGAGCAGCCGUAAGCAUAAAACAGCGGAAAACAUUGAAAAUUUGUGUCCUGUUUCCAGAAAACGCUCAACAAGUAAGAUCGCCACAAUUGCGGGUCUCUCCAGCUCCGGUUCAAAGACUGCAGUGGCGUCGUACUACGAACACGCAUCUUCCCCCUCGGCGCUCACUUACGAGGCACUUGAAGAAAUGGGCAUAGGUAUGCUGGACUCCGAGGAGAGUAGCUCAUCGGCCAUUGCUUUGGCGGUAAGUGCAAGUGCAACUAGUGACGAGAAUUCCAACGAGACGACGCCUCACGCCAAUGCACCGCGUAUGGCCCACCAGCAGGCGCAGCGUAUCAAUUUGACCCUCGGUUCCAACUCGGCAAACGUUACACUGGAGGACAGCAGUUGCGAUAGCCAAAACGCAACUUUAGUGGAGCUCCAUCCUGAAGAUGCUACAGCUCAAGCCAAGAUGACAGUUCUAGCUUCCGACAUUAGCAGCAACUCCAAUUCCCCUAAUAAACGGACUCGUAAUCCAUUGGCCACAGUUACAAUUAAUAGUCAAACUGAUUCUCCCAACAAACGUACGCGCAAUCCUUUAAUUACGGUCACUGUCAAUAAUCCGACGGCUUCUCCAGUUCUUAAUUUGCUGCCCUCAACUAGCAAGCAAGCUUUAUUGCGCCAGCAAAAGAAGCCGAUACCACCCACUGCUACGCUGCCGGUCCUCCCGGCAUCCUUGCAAAAGAAUCUACGAGGAACAGCAGACAACUUUUUUGUCUAUCGCACUCCUUUAGUGAGUGCCCACAUUAUCAGCGGCAUAAACUAUUUUGACAAGUUGUCGGAUGAAAUUUUGUUGGGCAUUUUUAAAUGGCUGCCCAAAAAGACUCUACUGCGCAUGGCCACCGUGUGCCGACGAUUUAAUCGCUGUGCCCGCGACGAAACGUUAUGGACACGUUUGGAUCUAGGACUGCGCACCUUGUGCCCUACAGCCCUUGAACAGAUAGUUUCACGUGGUAUACUAGUACUCCGCCUGGCUCAAGCUGAGAUUCAGGACCCCGCAUUUGCACCUUCUUCCUCGAUUGACUUGCAAUCUCGUCUACAGUAUUUGGAUUUAAGUUUGGCUUCCAUAUCUCAAAACUCAUUGCAAACGCUACUGGCACAUUGCCGACAGCUGAAGAAACUAAGUUUGGAACAUGCUGAACUAAAUGAUGAUGUCUGUCUGGAGAUUUCCAAAAAUAAAUCACUUGAGACUCUCAAUCUAUCCAUGUCCAGUGGUCUCACAGCCAACAGUGUGCGAAUUAUGAUGGAGUCUUUGACUAAUUUGAGCAGUUUAAACAUUUCCUGGACCGAUCUAAGUGCUGAUGCGGUCACUGCUCUGGUUGCUAAUAUUUCGUCAAACGUUAUACGCCUUAAUGUGGCCGGCUGCCGUCGCGUCCUUUUCGACUCACACGUGGUCACGUUGCAGAAACGUUGUCCACAGCUGUUGGAACUGGACUUAUCUGAUUGCAAUAGUCUUACACCAACAUCUAUUGCUUCCAUUAUGAAGUUUAACAUGCUGGAGUACUUGUCCCUUUCCCGUUGUUACCUUAUUCCUGCCACGACAUUUAUCGAAUUGAAGGGAAUGCCCUCACUAAAUUAUUUGGAUAUAUUCGGUAUGCUUUCCGAUGCCGCUAUGGAGGUGCUGGAGAAGCAAAUGCCCAAAAUGGGCAUCAACAAAUUCAUCCACAGUUCGGUGGCCCGACCCACAGUGGGAACUCGUCGCACUUCCAUUUGGGGACUUCGCACCCGCGAUUGAUUCCCCUAGUCCACAUUUAUCUGUUUUUCAAUAUCGUUCACAACCUACAAUUAAUUGUCUAACUUUUGUUGCUUAAGUUGCCGUCUGGCGGAGUUCUUAUAUUUUUUAAUCUUUUUUUUCAAAUUUAAUGACUAUUAAAAAUGUCAUCACUCAUUGAA